ACCGCCGGGCCGCUCGACCAAUCAGAGAGGGCGGAGCCGAUGUUCUUGAUCGCCGAACGCGGGCCGCGUGGUAAAGGCGACUCCGAGACUCCGGGAAACUGGGAUUGUGAGGGAGCCCCCGUGCCCUAUAGGAGCCGCCUCUCCAGAGCGGCGGAGCGAUGUCGGGGCCUACGGGCUCGGGCGCUGGGGACGGGGCAAAGUCCCCCGCGCCCUCGGCCUCUCCCAUGCUGCUGCCCGGCAGGAAGGGGCCCCCGAUCGCGGGUGCCCCAACUCCGGGCCGUCUCCCGUCCAUCCGCUCUCGAGACCUCACCCUGGGCGGCGUGAAAAAGAAAACGUUCGCGCCGAACAUCCCGGUCCGAAAAGUGAAUGAGAGACCCAGGGAGGAGGGCGGCCCGUCGCCCGGACGUGGCGCCAAGCCGAGGGGUCGCGAGCGAGGCGGCCCCCGUGACGGUCGGGGUCGGGGUCGAGGUCGCGGCGAGGUCAUCCAGUCUCACUCAAUUUUCGAGCAGGGUCCGGCCGACGGACUGCGGCGCAAGACGGGCGGCUGGGAGGCUACGCCCAAUCCCGCCCAGACCGGCCUCACCCCCAUCAUCAACAUCAAGAAGGAGAAGUGCGAGACGGAGGAGGAGACCAAGAAGUUGCUCAACAUGCUCGAGCGAGACGACUUCGUCGAUGACCCGGGGCUCGUCAACGACCCCGGGAACCUGCCCAUCCAGCUGCCGCUGUCCCACUCCGGCGACACGUUCCGCGACGAACCCUCCUGCAAGGCGAAGGUGGAGAAGAUGGAGGUGGACCCGCCGCAGGCCGUCAAAGUCAAACAGGAGCCUGGCACGGAGGUGAAGGAUGAGGAGGGAGGACCGGUGCUCGCUCCUCCGCCCCAUCUCUCCUCGUCCGCGCCGAUAACGGUGAGCCAGCUGCUGCGCCAGCUUCGCCUGCAGGAGGAGGAGGAGGAGGGUCGCGGCCCCGGCGGUGGCGACGCCGCCGACUCUGGGCUGCUGUUCCUGCAGCUGCCCGACACGCUGCCGGGACAGCCGGCGUCCCGCGGGGCGGGCGACGCGGCCGGAGCCGACGAGCGAUCCAUCAAGCGGGAAAUUAAGACGGAGGACGGCCAGACGAUGCUGCUCAAGCAGGAGAAGGCCGAGGAGGCCGGCGGAGAGGGCGAUGGUGCCUGCACACUUCGGGACCUCUCCGAGGGCCAGGUGGGGCGGCUGAUUGUGCGCGCCUCUGGGAAGGUGCAACUGGUGCUGGGCACCGUCAAGCUUGAUGUCGGCAUGGGAACCAACUGCUCCUUCUUGCAGGAGCUGGUGUCGGUGCGCCUGCAGGAGGGGCGCACAGGCGACGCGACGGUGCUGGGCCACGUGUGCCACCGUCUCAUCUGCACACCCAACUUCGAGAGCCUCCUCCACGGCCACAGCAGGCUUGGGACCUGAGCUGGCCAGGGGCUUGGGGCCUGAACCCACUGACGGGUUGGGACCUGAUCCUAGUGACGGGUUGGGACCUGACCUGGCCAGGUGGUUGGGGCCUGGCCUGCUGGUCGGUUCGGGCUGAGCCUGCUGGUCGGUUCGGGCUGAGCCUGCUGGUCGGUUCGGGCUGAGCCUGCUGGUCGGUUCGGGCUGAGCCUGCUGGUCGGUUCGGGCUGAGCCUGCUGGUC